CCCCGCGCCGAGAUAGGGGCGCGCACCCUGGAUCUGGACCAACCACCAUGGCCACCUUGUUGCACCCUGCUCCCCUCUUGGUCUGCCUUACCCUAGUGACGUUAUGCCAGGGGGGCUGCGUGGAGGUGGACUCGCACACGGAAGCUGUGCUGGGCCAGACCUUCAAGAUCACGUGCAUCUCGUGCAAGAAGCGGAGUGAGACGUCAGCCACGGCCUUCACGGAGUGGUUUUUCAAGGAGAAGGACACAGACGAGAUGGUCAAGAUCCUCCGCUACAGCUACGAAAGUAAGCUCGAAGUGAUGGACCCCCGCUUUGAAGGCCUGGUUGUGUGGAACGGCACCAAGAAAGUGGACGAUUUACAGGACGUGUCCAUCUUUAUCCUUAACGUGACCUAUGAACACGCAGGGGAAUAUGUCUGCACCGUCAACCGCACGCUCAACUUUGGGGAUGUGUUCUUCCACACCGUCAUGGUGAACAAGACGAUUCACGUUGCAGUGGUGCCCAAGGCAAACCGGGACACGGCGUCCAUCGUCUCUGAGAUCAUGAUGUACGUUCUCAUUGUGGUUCUGACCAUCUGGCUGGUAGCGGAGAUGAUCUAUUGCUACAAGAAGAUCGCCGCGGCAACGGAAGCAGCUGCCCAGGAGAACGCCUCUGAGUACUUAGCCAUCACAUCAGAAAGCAAGGAAAACUGUACAGGGGUGCAGGCAGCAGAAUAGCCGUGCAGGACCGUCAGUGGAUACAGGGAUGCCUGGUUGGCAGGAACGAAGCUUUGACAGAGAGCCGAGGAGGGGGCGAGUGACUCAGCAGAAGCAUCGGCGGUCCCGGAGAAGAGCUCAUCUGGAGCCAAGCAGCCUCACCCCCCCCACACACACCGCACGACCAUUUCGUUAACAAAAGCAUGCUAUUUUUAAUAACAGAGCUCUAUAUACAGCCGCCCAGGGACAGACAAUCGUGUCUUUCAAAAGCGAAGGGUGGUUUCUCCUGAAAGGAACCUUGCUCUUUUCGACAUGCUCCGCCCCCCCC